AUUCCAGCAUGCAUCACAACACUUUUUCGAUCUAUCAGCGAGAACCAACGAAAGGUUAAACACUGAAUAUUUCGAUAAAAAGGUUCAAUAUUAUGUGCCCAGUUUUGGUGUAUGAUCUCUGUGCAUUAUGCCUUUUUAUUUGCCUCUUUCGAUUGUCCAAAUCGUGUGAACCUGGACAAUAUCUAGCUUUAUUCUUAGAUGAAGCUUGUCAUCCCUGCCCGGAUAAAUUGGAAAAUUGUGAAUACCAAGGAAUGGACGCUAAGGAAUGCGAGGAUUCUUGUAAAUUCUUAUUUUCAACGUCUGUUUCAUCGAUUACCAGAAUGGGUACAUCGUCAACAAGUACAAAAUACGACAUUAUGACAACCAGUCCUAAACUUUCAAGUCUCAAGAGAAUCUUGACCACAAAAAACGGUUACAAACUCCCGAAAAAAACCCAUGCAGAUACAAAAGGAUAUCUAUCUACGUCCAGUGAAAUUCAUAGCGAUGAGACGUCGACCACUUCUCACUCAGAACAUAAAUGGAUCAUACCUGUUUCAGUUACAACACCUACGAUCGUCGUCUUGUUGGUGAUAUUAGUCAUCUUUAUACGUAAGAAUGCACGAAAACGGAAAAAGAAUCAGUGGGGAUCAGAAAAAAAUUUUAAUGCUUUCCCAAACAGUUACAACUGAAGACAGUCGUACAUAUUUUAAGAUCUCAAGGAUUUUAUCUUACAGUUCAGAAAUAAGAUUUUAGACAAAAAAAAAGAAAAAAAAAUCUUCAAUAGUUUCUACAAAUAGUUAGCACUUAUAUACUUAUUAACACUUGUAAUAACAAACGGCAAUUUUGGUGAGGAUAUGUUACACUAGAUUAUAUGCUGCACUUGUUGUCUGAAAAUACAUUACUUGUUUAUGCCAUAAAUUCAGAACACGGCACUUUGAAAUACAUAUAAUUAGAUUAAAAGUAAGCUUCUGCAA